AUGGACUGUAAGGCAAGAAUUAAUGCCUUAAGAGUCGAGGGAAAGAUGCCGAUAACAACUGUCCAUAAUACACAUAAUCACGAGCUCAGCCCAAUGAAAUCCCACUUUUUUCAAUGUAACAGAGAAGUGAGUGAGACAGUUAAAAGAGUCAUAGACAUAAACGACUUAGCUGGCAUCCGACUGAAUAAGAGUUACGGUUCUCUUGUUGUUGGCGCAGGUGGCUUCGAGAACCUCCCAUUUUUGGAAAAUGAUUGUUGCAAUUACAUCGACAAAGCACGACAUCUCCGACUUGGCGCAGGUGGUGCCGGAGCACUUCGAGAUUAUUUUAUGAGGAUGCAGUACAAGAAUAAUAGAUUUUUUGCAUUGAUGGAUUUAGAGGAUGACGGUAGAUUAAAGAAUGUUUUUUGGGCAGAUCAACGUAGUCGGACAACAUACCAGUAUUUUGGUGAUGUAGUUACAUUCGACACCACAUACCUGACAAAUAGAUAUGAGAUGCCAUUUGCACAAUUUGUUGGUGUAAAUCACCACGAGCAGUUGAUUCUUUUGGGAGUUUGGUUGAUUUCCAGUGAGGACACGGAGACAUUUACAUGGCUAUUCCAAACCUGGCUACAGUGUAUGGACGGUAUAGUUUCAAAGGCUAUUGUUACUAAUCAAGACAGAGCAAUGAAAAAUACAAUUGCUACCGUCUUUCCAGAAAGUAAACAUAGAUUAUGCCUGUGGCAUAUACUGAAGAAAGUCCCUGAGAAGCUUGGGUUGUAUGUUGCGUACAGAAGUGGGCUGAAAACUCAACGGAUGAAAUGUGUGUAUGACACACAAACUAUUGAGGAGUUUGAGAAAUGUUGGGCCGGGUUUAUUAACACAUACGACUUACAUGAGAAUGCGUGGUUGAAAAGUUUAUAUGUGGAGCAUGAGCAUUGGACAAACUUGAAGGAGUUUGUCGACCAGUUUGAUAAUGCGCUGAGGAAGAAAAUUGAGAAUGAAAACCAUGCAGAAUUCCAGUCAUUUAGCCAAGUCAUUCCCUGCAUAUCUGGAUCGCUAAUUGAAAAGAAAUUCUAA